AUGGAAACCAAUUCUUCACCACAGUGCAAUGCACUGAAUGUUUCCGAUGAGAAACGAUGCUUGGAAAAUGCUACAUCUGUGAAUGGAUUAUUUUGUAGCUUCCACUCUAAACAAUGUCAAGGUCUUUAUCGUGGAUACAAACUUCGUACAGCUCGGCUUGAACGACUAGACAAAACCCCACCCCCAUACCUUGCAAAUACGAAAACUGCUCUUGGAAAUGAGAAUUUUAAGGAUGUUACAACGGAAGCGGAAUGUAAGGAAUUACAUGAUUGGUUAUGGACCAAGUAUCAACUACUGGAAAGAGUGAUAAGAGCGAGGAAGCUGCAUCAUAGUCGAUUUUUCAGUCAGAACAUGGACUAUGGGCAUGCGAAAUUCUUGGACCAGCUUAAGAAUCAGAAAAUACAUGUUACCUAUGCAUUAGAAAAACUCGAAAGGAGAACUACAGAGAUUUUAUAUCAAAACCAACAAUGGUUCAAAUGGGUACGAGAAUGCCAGGAUGAUGAAGAAGCACAUCGGGAGAAAGAACAAAAGAGAAUAAAGCAAGAGGCACAGCUAUGGCAGAGGAAUUGGAAGCAGGCAAAGCAAAGAAUGGAGGAGAAAAUGAGAAGGGAAGAGAAGAAGAAACAAGAUACUUUUCUGGAGAGAAUAUACAAGGAGAAGAUGAAGGAGAUAGAAGAGAAUGAGGGCACAGAUGACGAUAUGGAUUGGGAUCCUAUUGAGGAUGAGUUGGAGGAUGGACGAGGAAGAUUUAUAGACCUCAUGCGGCAUUUCUUAUGGAUAUCCUCGGAAGAAGAUCUAAAACUUGUCGAACCCUCAUCAACGGAAAUUGACAAAGAAGUUGUGAUCGAGAAUGAUGUAGUAUCUCAGAACCCAAAUCUCAACGCAAAUAGUACCGACGAACUUGACGAGCUUGUGGCCCAAAUCGAGUCCGCUGGUGUUACCGAAAAGUCAAAAAAGAAGAAGAAGAAGAAGAAUGGAGGAGCAGCUACGGCAACUACGACAACUACGCCUUCUCUUUCCACAAAGACAAGUAAACUAACACCCAAGCCACAAGAGUUACCUGAUAAAUCUCUGAUCGAAAGUCGAGAGGACAUGUAUCACAGGUUGGCUCAUGGAAUAAAAAUUGACCUUGAUGAUGUUCGGGGGCCCAUGGUAGCUGGAACGGUGGAAAAUCCUCACGUCCAAACAACAACUCGAACGUUUACAGAAUUCGAAAUCACACGCCUGCUUGACGAGGUGUCCGAGAUUAAGCACUUGUUGUUCUGUAGAUUGUUACUUGCACACGCCGCUUUACUUCCGGCGGCUCUCCGCGCUGAUAGUAUCGAAGCUUUCUUUCAAGAUGAAGAAGUGACUGGCACCGCCCUGAGAGAUGUUUGUCUUAAAAUGGAGAAACCUAGUCUUCAAGAAAUCCGGGAUGCAUGUGCAGACUUCUUUCGAUCGGACGAUGAAAAGGAGGAGGAUCCUGAAAUAAAGACCCAAAGUGAGGAUGUUGAUGAUCAAGAAAGACCCGAAUCUAAAGCUGUUGAUCCUUAUGAUGUCAAGAUGAGGUUGAUCCGGAAAAAGCGUGGUGAAUUACCUGGAACAUGGCGUUCAAAGCGGGAGCUUUCUCGAGAAGAGGCGGCUCAAAACAUGCUUGGGAUGGCUCCAUCUAUGCAAAACAUUAUGGGGGAUAUGGAGGGUGGUGCGAUUGAUUUCGGCGAUUCCACAAAUUCCCAGCAAGUGCGCAAGAAGAUCCGUGUGAAAAUUUGUGGUAGAAUGAUCUGGAAUUAUCCUAGUGAUAAAGCAAUGACUCGUGGAGGUUGGUUACAUUUCUCCAUCAUCGCAAGGGAUAGUAAUCUCAAUACUGCAAUUGAGUUAUGUCGAAAUUGGGAAGAGUUCUUUGAGUUGAACAUUUUGGCUUGCUGGGGUUACUUUCCUGCUUCAAACUGGGCUUCUUGGGUUGGAAAUAGAUUGAAGCAGCAAGCUUUACAACUGGGCUUCAUCAUGUACUAUGAAAGUUCAGAUCCAGACGCCAAAGAGCUUAGUGUCAGUUUCUCACAAGGGGGUCGUAGCAAACAAACCCGUCGUCAACAUGCUAUAUUCCAAGCAAGGAACGUAAUUUGUGCCAAUAUCAAACGGAAUGAUCCAUCAAGUCGCCGUUUUAUUCAAUAUCUGUCUAUGCAAAGUCAUCGUUUAGUUCUGCUUGUGAGAGAUGCUGAAAGUGGUAAGUUGUUAGUCAAGCCUCCCGAAGAAGAGCGAUGGCUAUGGCGAGAGAAGAGCGGUCUUGGACGAGCUGUCAAAAAUGUAUGGAAUGUCAUGAAAAGAAUUGGACCUGAAUUCUUCGAGGAGAUGGAUCGUCAUCGCGAAUGGAACUUUUCUUUCAACGAUUAUUACGAUGUUUAUGUUUGGGAUCUCGAGCCUGGAGAAAGUUUAGCUCCAUUGUAUAAUACUGUUCAACAGAUGCUCAUCAAAGCCAUCCGGGCUACCACAGGUAAAGAGAUGUAUAAGCCAGCUGCUUCCAUUCUAAAAACGCUCUAUCGAGACGAAGAUAGCCAUUAUCGGGAUGUCAGACCAGGUGAUCCCCAACAGUUCGUAAACCAAUGGGAUUAUCUUCAAGAUGGGAGAUCAAAAUUCUAUUAUGGUGACAUUGAUGGACCAGAUCGUAUGCCAACUGAGCCAACAGACUCAUGGCCAAGUAAUCUCUUUUACAAUAAAGCAGAUGCUCUAGAAGAUGAGGUCUUGUUUCCUGAGGAGCGAGCAGAAGAGGAAUCCAUUGCUCAACCGGCCGUUGGCAAAAAGGAUUCAUUGAGAGCGUUCGAGGAGGAAGACUUUUCAAUAAAAAGAUUCGUAGAUGGAACCUGGAAUUGGGAGUCGGAAGAUUCCGAAGACGAAGAUUCGGGCAUCACUAAAAAUUCUGAAGGUGGAUGUCAAGGGCAUCACGAAAGCCUUUUCGAGGACGACAGCGAUGAUGAGGAGGAGGACGAUGAUGGAUUUGAUGUCUUUCCAAAAGAAUUCCCUAAAGAUCUACGGCCUACUGUACACAGACUUGCCAUGGAGAAGACGUACAAAGAUGACUAUCCCAAUGAAGAUCUACAAGAAGAAUUCAUGAAGUUUAUCGAAAAGACAUCAUCUAGAAAUUUCAAAAAAGCCUGGCACCAAGCAGACAUGACUCCCAAUGGACAGGAGCGGUAUUUAGAAAUGAAGAAGUUGACCCACAGAUCCUGGAGAUACAACCAUUCUCGUAGACCUUUCUUCAAAGCAUCUUCAACAAUACUCAAUUUUCGGGUCAUGAGUUGGCUCAAAGUGACAGCCGAUGAUGUUAAAGAUGCAGAGAAAGCUAUGGGUAAGAUAUAUCCAUUCUUUAAUUCGGAAUUCCUUGACACGGAAGUUGGAAAGGGAUUCAAAGAAUCUUUGAUAUUCAAGCAGGAGGAACGAGCCCGGAAUUAUCCAGACAUCAGAACAGACAAAUCUACGAUCAGCCAGCCCAAGGAAUUUUAUGCCAGUCUCGAUGAAUUUCGAAAGAAAAUGCGGUCCACAGAUGAUUAUUCGGAAUUUCCUCUGGAAUGGGAUAUGACGAUUCGACCUAUCAUUGCAAAAACGCAAGUCACCCCAUAUUGGUUCUACAAGUCUGGGAUUGUUCGCAGUCAUGCAUCAUCAGCAGCCAGCUGUCAAGCAUUUCAAGGUACAGAGCCGCAUCGUCCUUCUACACCCGAUUUUUUUGUCGAUUGGCGUACGGUUAUUCCCGAUCUCGAAGUGCCAAGCUGGGUGGCAGAUCCCUUCAAGGUCCCACCCCUCCUUCACACCGCCCAAAAAUUCUCGACUGCCAAUCCCAAUGCCAAAUUCGCUGUGCUUCGCUUAUGGAGUGCCCCCUACUUUUAUCCUUUGACGGUUGGCCACGAUAAGCGUGAUGGUUUUACCUUUUACGAUCUUACGGGUCGUACGUUUACUUGGUUAUUUGUUCCGAAGGAUCUACCGCACUCGGAAUUCAGCAUGCAUAUGAAUUGUAAGAAUCGGAUUGAACCGUACAAGAAACAGUUUGGAGAUAAGGUAGUGGCGAAGAGAGAUAAGUAUUUGGUUAUGGGGAAGGAUGAAGAGGAAUUGGCCAAGUAUGUGGCGGGAGUGACGUUUGCGGUUCAAAUGAGACCGUGGAGACAAGAGGUGGAUUUGUGGAGGAGUUUGUUAUGUUGA